AUGAAGUUCAUCGCCAGCACCUCGGCCCUCAUCCUCCUCUUCACCUCCGGAACCACGGUCGCUCAAGUCAAAUCCGACGUCUCGGCCAUCGACUCUGCCGUAAGAUCUCUAAAUCAGCAACUCCAAACCGACUCACUCAACUACUUCUCCGCUCUGGCCAUCAACUCUGCAGCCAACUCUGUGGAUGACAAGAUCAAGUCUGGUACUUCGGACGUUAAAUCCCUCACUGAGACUCCCAGUGACGCUGAUGCGCAAGAAAUCAUCAGCACUCUCACUGGAACCGAGGUCAAUGUUAAGAGUGCUACUGAUCGACUCAUUGCGCUCAAGUCGCAGUUCAACUCGUUGGGCGUUACAGGCGUUGUUAAGGCUGACAUUGACAGUUUGAAGACGGACACGGCUGCUUUUGGUGCUGCACUUGUAGCUGCUGCUCCCAGUGCGGAGAAGGCGGAUGCUCAGGCUCUGACUGAUAAGUUCAAUGCUGAUCUGGCUAGUGCUGCUGCUGCUUACAACUGA